CGUUCUUCAUCUUGCUAGUGAGUCUAGUGAGAGGAAAGGAGAGACGACUGUGCAGCGUUGAGGAGUUGCGAGACGAGCUUCAGUACUGGCUCUCAUUUCUCAGAUCCAGUUUGGAUUGAGAGUUUAUACCCACAGUGUUGAUAAUGGCCAGUCGAGGAGAUUAUUAUCGUGAUGGUCAGCGUGUGUUGCAGCACGUGGUCGACUACAUUCGUGAGCUGUUCAAAGGCAAGAUCAACAUCAUUCAAGAAUGUUUGGUUAUCGACUGCAGGAGGAGUUCAUCUCCUGAAAUGAGAAAACUGAGGAGAGUGUUGCGUGGUGUGAAGCAGCAGCUACAGCAAUCUGCUCCUCUGUAUCCUCGUCUUUGUCAGCCAGUCGUGUCCAAGUUGCUUCCCUCUCUUCGUGAGAAACAAGAAGAUCCAUUCAUGGAGACGGCAACACUCAUGGAGAAGAUUGAGCAAGAAGCAUGUCCAGGACAAGAGAAGAAUGUUGUAGAGAAGGUAGUUGGUUUUCUGGAUGAAUCAGGAGAGAUUGCUGUUGUUGGUGAUGUGGCUGCUCUCAAUCCUGCUUGUCUACAUCAAUAUGCCAUCGGUCCUAUUGUUGCUUCCAAGGAUUUCAAGUGGCAUGUCAAGUCAGAGAGAAAUGAUGGCACAGUAACAAAAGAAGAAGCAAAAACGUCAAUCGAUCAUUACUUGAGAGAUCACAAGAUUGCUGUUCAACUCAACACAGAUAAAGUUCUCGCUAUCAACAAAUCUCUUGGUAUCUGCUUCAAAGUGGAAGGCAGAGACGACACGUACAUGUUUCCAGCUCUCUUGCCUCCUAAGGAUCUGUCUGUCAUGUGGAAGAAAGUUGAGAGUAAGAAAGUGUAUGUCGGUCGACGUCAAGUGUGCAGAAGUCAGACGACCAUCUUCAGUCCAUCUACAUUCUGCAUGUUUCAAUCUAAAGUUUGCAUUACUUUGGAUCGAAAGGCAAGGCUGUGGAGGGACGGACUGAUCUUAUCACAAGGCAGUACAGUUCAUAAUCUCGUUGAGUGUUUGGUGGCCAUGAUAGAUCCUGUUCGUUCUGUUGACUUUGUGUGUCGUGGAGGCAAGCAAACAGAAGCAGAAUGUGUUUCACUGCUGGACACUGUCAUGUCUCUUUGGAGAGAUAUGUUAGACAGCUACAGUCCGGGCACUGAAUAUCAGACUGAAUAUCUGAGCAGAAAGCAUUUAGAGGAACACAAAGAACUGAAACAAGUUGCUGCCUACUCUCAGAAGGAGAUCGACGAAGCAGAAGCAAAGGAAGAAGGAGCACAUGCUGCUGUCAAACAAGUAGUUGGUGAUGAGCUGAUGGUAGAAAGUCUUGGCGACCUGCUGGUUGUUCAACCCAUCAGUCAAUCAGCUCCAGUUUCAUCCAGUGCAGUCUUCAAUGCUGUUAUUGGGUGUGGUUCAUGUCAAUGGUAUUCAUUUGGACUAAAACUAGACUUUAAUCAUGAUCAGAUUGAAGCUUUGUGUCAUGACAAAGUGACUCCUGCUGAUAAAUUGUCUGCAAUCAUCCAAGUAAAGACCAAACAAGUUGGUGAUGUGAAGAAGACGGAUGAUCUGCUGCUGGAGGCAUGUAGACAUUUACCAGAUCCAAUUGAUGGUGCAGUGAAGGAGAAGCUUGGAAUUUAUCAUUAGUCACGUGACUGUAGAAACUAAGCUUGAUAUAUCUAUAGACAGAAUUUAUUAGCAAAAUUACUGUUUUCAAGUGUCACAUUCUGUUUAAAAAGCAGCAUAUUUGGGCAUGUAAUACCUAGUAAUGAUGGGACUAGCUAAUGCACAUGUACUUAAGGAUUAUUGGCACCCUUAAAACUGAAAACA